AUGUGGUCAAUAAUCGUCUCAUUGGGCUUGGUGUCCAUCGUCAGUGCGGAGUACUUUCAGUGCGAUUCCAACGAGAUUGACAAGACUCGUAACGCGCUGAAAAACCCUUCACGACUUUGGCCUAAUACCCAAAUAUAUUAUCACCUCUCCAGUGAAUUGAGCGACGAGGAAAAGUCGAAUGUUCGCCGUGCGUUGACCUUGUUUAGCGAGCAGACCUGUCUGAAGUUCUUGGAGGUGGAGGAAUCAUCACCGCUUCACUAUGUCUACUAUAAAAAGUCACCCAAAAGGUGCGCCACAUAUGUGGGUUACAUACCGAUGUUCAGGCCACAUGUUGUACAUCUUACCGAGGGUUGCUUAAAUCAUACGGGUCCCAUCCAGCAUGAGACACUCCAUGUGCUGGGCUUGUAUCAUGAGCAGAGUCGUCAAGAUCGCGAUCAGCAUGUGUUUAUCGAUUGGGCAAACAUUGAACGCAAAAAGUGGAAUAAUUUUGCUAUCGUCAAGGGAACCACCUCCUACGGUGUGCCCUAUGACUUCGAUAGUAUUAUGCACUAUCGUAAAAAUGCGUUUGCCAAGAAUGACAGCAUUCCGACUAUUUAUGCUAAAGUCAAUGGAAAGCCGGUGGAGCGAGAGAUGGGCCAACGGCUGGCUCCUUCUGAGGGUGAUCUUAUCAAAAUACGCAAAAUGUAUAAUUGUUAGGCUAGAUGGACAGACAGCC